AUGAUCCUGCGGGCUGCCAGGCCCCUAGCACACGUUGCCAAUGGGUCCUACAGAGUGGGCUUGACACAGCGCAAGCUCCCCCGCGCAGCCGUCACUCAGUUUCGAGCAUCUUUCAGCAAUAGCCGAGCACGUACCUUCUCCAAGCGCCCUGAACCGGCUACGUCCACGCAGCUUCCAAAGACCUUGAUAGUACGAUCGUGGAGACGGACGGCUUCUUCAGAUGCCGCGGCGAACCAAAACCUAAGCCCGAAAACCAGGCCGAAAUGGCUUCGCAUCGUAUCUCGAUCGCUGGCCAUGCUCGGCACCUUCGUCGUCGUCAGCGGAUCGCUUGUCGUCGCCUUCUUCAUCUACGACGCUUCAACGUACAAAGAGGGGGCAGAUGUGCGGGAUAUACCUGUGUCAGAGUUGGCAUUACACCCUAGAAGAGGAGGGCCGAAGAACCUACCCAUUGUCGACGCCUUCGUUGACGAUGAUGAAUCCGCGGAGUGUAGAGAGCUUAAGGAGAAGCCCAGAUUGGUUGUUCUCGGAACCGGAUGGGGAAGCGUGGCACUUCUGAAAACACUGAAUCCAGGGGACUACCAUGUCACUGUGAUUUCGCCCUCGAAUCACUUCCUCUUCACUCCCAUGCUGCCGUCCGCCACAGUUGGAACCCUGGAACUACGUUCAUUGGUAGAGCCUGUGCGCAGAAUCGUCAGGAGAGUCAGGGGACACUUUAUAAAAGCGAUGGCCGAAGACGUGUGCUUUACGGAAAGGCUCGUCGAGGUAUCGGCUGUGGGUGCGAAUGGGGAGAAAGAGCACUUCUAUGUGCCGUACGACAAGCUAGUUCUCGGAGUCGGCUCAGUCACGAAUCCGCACGGAGUCGCGGGCCUUGGGAAUUGCCAUUUUCUCAAAGAUAUCAGUGAUGCGCGAAUGAUCAGAAACGCCGUCGUUCGCAAUCUGGAGACAGCAUGCUUGCCGACCACCACAGACGAAGAAAGACGUCGGUUAUUGUCAUUCGUAGUGUGCGGUGGAGGCCCGACCGGCGUCGAAUUCGCCGCAGAGCUUUACGACAUGCUCAACGAAGACCUCCAUAAAUAUUACCCACGAUUGUUGCGAAAUGAGAUAUCUGUCCAUGUCAUUCAAUCUCGCGGUCACAUUCUGAACACCUACGACGAAGCCCUCUCGAAAUAUGCCGAAGCCCGGUUCGCUCAUGAUUCAAUCGACGUCCAGACUAACGCGCGCGUCAAGGAGGUCGAACCUGACAGGAUUCUGUUCACACAAAAAGACGAAAACGGAAAGGUAGUCACAAAGGAGAUUCCCAUGGGCUUCUGUCUUUGGUCGACUGGCGUCUCUCAAACCGACUUUUCCAAGCGAAUUGCAGCAAAACUAGAAGGUCAAAACAACAAACACGCCCUCGAGACCGACACCCACCUUCGCCUGGUUGGCGCACCACUAGGCAGCGUGUAUGCCAUCGGAGACUGCGCGACAGUCCAAAACAACAUCUCCGACCAUAUCGUCUCCUUCCUUCGCACGCUCGCAUGGGAACGCGGCAAAGACCCUGAGAACAUGCACCUCACCUACUCCGACUGGCGGGGCGUCGCCAAACGCGUCAAGCAACGCUUCCCACAAGCCUCGGACCAUCUCCGUCGCCUGGACAAACUCUUCUCCCAGUAUGACAAAGACAAAUCCGGCACCCUGGACUUUGGGGAGCUUAGAGAGCUCCUUCUGCAAAUCGACUCCAAACUCACCUCUCUGCCCGCAACGGCACAACGUGCCCACCAGCAAGGCCAAUACCUCGGCCGCAAGUUCAACAAAAUCGCCCUGGCGACCCCUGGAAUGGCGCUCAAUGAAGUCCAGUACGGCGAUCUGGAUGAUGCGACAUAUAAGCCUUUUGACUACAAGCAUCUGGGAUCGCUGGCGUAUAUUGGGAAUGCGGCGAUUUUCGAUAUCAACGGCUUGAACUUUAGUGGCGGGUUGUUGGCGGUGUAUCUGUGGAGGAGUAUAUAUUUCGCUCAGGGGGUGAGUUUCAGGACUAGAUGUCUUUUAGCUAUGGAUUGGAGUAAGAGAGCGCUCUUUGGGAGAGAUUUGAUGAACUUCUGA